AUGGAUAUGGAUAGUCACUAUCCGUCCCCGUCGUACCCAAUUGCCAUCCCUAGUAUGGAGGCAAUGCUUUUGUUGUUGGUGGCUUUCGAGCUUGGAAAAGAGUUAACAAUUGGAAAAAAAUGUGCUUUUCUAAUCCAUGUAGGAAGUGCUCCCAAUUCUGCACAUAAAGUAGCUGUGAAAUGUUGUCUUGAUUUGAUGAACUCAUUGCAGCACAUUGGCAGAGUUGUUGACAAACAAACACCCGAGUUAGUUAGAAAGAAUAGAUUACAAGUAAAAGCUUCAAUUGAUGUUGCUAAAUUAUGUGCUCUUUUGGGUAUUGCAUUCAGGGGACGCGAUGAGAGUCCUGACUCUCAUAAUCGUGAAUUUUUUUUAGAGAUUUUAAAGUACACAGCUUCUUAUAAUGAAGAGGUAGCUUCAGUGGUGUUAGAAAAUGCUCCUAAAAAUGCUUUGUAUACUUCUCAUUCAAUUCAGAAAGAUAUCUUAUCUGUCUAUGCAAGCAAAAUUCAGAAGUUCAUUCGAGCUGAGAUUGGUGAUGAAAAGUUCUGCAUCAUAGUAGAUGAAUCUCAAGAUGAAUCCAAAAGAGAACAAAUGGCUAUUAUUUUGAGAUUUGUUGAUAAGGAUGAGUUUGUUCAUGAAAGAUUUUUCGACAUAGUUCAUGUGGAAGACACCAAGGCAGCAACUCUGAAAAACAAAAUAAGUGGAGUUCUUUCUUAUCAUAAUCUCAGCAUUCAAAGUAUUCGAGGACAGGGAUACGAUGGUGCUAGUAACAUGAGAGGAGAAUGGAAUGGUUUGCAGGCUCUAUUUUUGAAUGAGUGCCCCUUACUUAAGAUGUUUGAUUCUGUUAUUGUGGUACUUGGUGAGAUCAUAAAUGAUAAAAGUGCUACUUCUAGAGCUGUAGCUGAUAAAGCUUAUGAUGUGAUGAUGUCCUUUGAAUUAGUAUUUGUCUUGCAUUUUCUUAUUGAUUUAUUGGGAAGAGAAAAUGAUCUUUGUAGAAUGUUGCAGUGCAUAUCCCAAGAUAUUGUUAAUGCAAUCGAUGCAAUAUCGAAUACAAAAGAGAUCAUCCAAAAAUUCCGAGAAAAUGGUUGGAGUGGGUUACUAGAAAAGGUGAGGAGGUUUUGUGAGCAGCGAGAUUCCUGA